AUUUUCACAGCCAACUCGUGCCAAUAUUCACCAAUAUAAGUUCAAUAACCCUAUAAUAUUGUAAAAGUGGUUAUUUACGCUGGGUUUUAAGUACGCGUUUUUCCACGUCCAAUAUUACGUGUGGGGAAAAAUACGCUGUAACUAAAUAUAAUAUAUAUAAGAUUACUGAUUUUUGAACAGUACGCGUGUCGUAAAUAUUCGAGCUUAUUACCUGACUGCGUAACUAGCGUAAAUUUCUCCCACAGGUAAAUAAACACUCUUACAGUACAUACAGUGAAAUAUCCUUUUUAAAUAAUCUCUGUACCAUCAAUAACGAAAAUGUUUGCAAUAUUCCACGCAAAGAGGUGAAGAUAAUGAACAGUGAUCAAUCUCAUAAAUCCCAUAUAGAAUAUAAAAUUGAGAGUAGCGUAAACACCGGCUCCUGGAAAUACUAGAGAUAAUGUCCUUAGGAGGAGUAAACAUCCAAUGUUGAUCGGUCACACCCACCACGAGCUGUUUAUCUUGAUCAGGUGAACGGAAUGAUACAUAGUCAAAAUCAGAAUGUAAAGAACGGCAUAACAAUUGGUAUGAAAUACGUCAGACAACAUUCAACCUAAUGACAGGUUAUAUUCUAAAUAAAAUUAUUACAACGAAACAGAAUUUGCGAAAUGAUGACUUAAAACGAAACUGCUGAAAUCCUAUAACAUCAGUUGUUAGCAGUCAGUCUCGAUUUAAAAAUUGAACAUACGCAUUAUCGCGUACAUGUACGUAUAUAAUCAGUUGAGAGAUAUAGACACCAUAUUCAGGUGAUAAUGGAAUAUCGCUAUAUAAAUAUGGGAAAUUGACUAGAGAGAAGCUUAAGAAUCCAUGAAACACGUCAGACAGCAUUUAACCCAAUGGAAGGUUGUAUUGGCAAACUAGAUUGUUAUAAUAACCCUAGAAUUUGCGAAAUGCUGACUUUAAACGAGACUGUUGAAACCCUUGCACCAUCAACUUGUUUGUCAGUACCCUGCCUCGAUUUAAAAACCGAUCAUACGCAGAACAAGCUAUUGCGUAUCAAAUCAGUUGAGAUAUAUAAAUACCAUAUGCAGGUGAUAAUGGAAUAUUGCUACAUAAAUAUGGGAAGUUGACGAUUCAUUUUUAUAUUUAAAUGUCGAGUUCAUGGUCAUAGUAAGAGAAUGGGGUUUUCCUCUCAUGUAGAAGUUUAGGAAUAAAUGAAUACAAAAACAGGUCAGCUAAUAAAGGAGUAUAAUUUGUGUCCAUGAGGAUUCCAAUAGACUGGGCUAAUAAAGGAUUGCAAUUCGUGUCCAUCGGAAUUCCAGCAGGUUGUUGAAAGACCUGAUUUCCAAAGACUGCGUAUAAAUUGCCAGUGAGGAACUCCAUCAUAUGAUAUGAACUUUGAUAUAUUUUUAUCAUUUUGGAAUUACCUGCUCCCCUUAGAAUCCCGUGACAUUGGCUUUUUGAGAAGAGUCUUCAAUUGUAUAUAAGUAUAAUGUAAUUAGAUUAGCAGCUUAAGAGUAUCGGAAAGAUUCUUGUUUUCAUUGCAAGGAUCUGGCAUUAACUAAACAAAAAACGACAAAUUGUCUAUCUAGUAACGCCAGACUGCCGAUAGUGAAAAAAAAUCUGCAGUCCGAGUCAUUUAAAUCCUGAAAGAUAAUACUAGAAUAACAGCCGAAUAAAAUUAAGCUUGGUCGACUGUGAAACUUUUCAGCGAUGAAAGGGUUUUUUAUCGACGUGGAAUUAAUAAAAGAAAAACAAAUCUUCGUCUGUGAUUUGAAAUGACGGGACAUAAAAAAGUUUCGUCUUGAAUAUUUUUAUCAUGGUAAGUAAUUCUACAUGUAUUAAAUUUGUACAAAUAUUUUGAAAAGAAAUAUGAUAACUCUUAACCACUAUUAGAAUUUCUUUUACGAAUUACUUAUUUUUAUAUCUGUAAACCUUAUUUCAAAAGUAUAAAGAUGAGACCAUUGUAUUUAUCAAUUGGACUUCAUGUUUUCACAAGGGAUAUUGGAGUUUAGAGAAGAAAAGGUUCAUCCGUUUAUUACAGAAGAAUGCAAUAAAAUUAAGGGAUCUAAACCCUUUGUCCAUAAUUUUGAUAGACAUUUAUUUUACUUAUUUUCUUGGGGUUAACCAUGACGCACAGGGCUGGAAGUCGCGUGAAAAAAAGACCCAAGGAUUCCCUCACACCUGAUCAAAUCGCAGAUCUUCGGGAGACUUUCCGCCUUUUCGAUAAAGAUGGGGAUGGGACGGUGAACUGUGAUGAACUGGGGACAGUAAUGAGACAGCUGGGCCAGGAGCCCUCAGACGAAGAACUCAGGCAGAUGAUAGCGGAAGUCGACGAGGAUGGAAGCGGGGAGAUUGAAUUUGAAGAGUUUUGUGCCAUGAUGGCUAAUCGGAUGAAUCAACCAAUAGAUUCACCAAAGGAGUUAAUAGAGGCAUUCGAGAUAUUUGACGAGGAGAGACGGGGUUAUAUUACUAUGGAGGAAUUUCGGUCAGUUAUGACGACAUUGGGAGAGAAGCUGUCACACAGUGAUGUAGAUGAAAUGGUUACUAUGACAGGAAUAGGUAGAAACGGAAAAGUCAGAUAUAAAGGUAUGACGGAUAAUUUUGCACAAGAGGUUUAUGUAGAGGCGUUCCGUGAGGCUGACGAGGACGGAGACGGAUUUCUGUCUGAACGAGAGCUAGGGAUCGCCUUACGAAAACUAGGUCACAAUCCAAGUGAGGUGGAGAUUCGUGACCUGAUCUUAACAGUAGACGAAGAUGAGAAUGGACAUUUGGAUAUGAACGAGUUCAUGAAUCUAAUGACCUUGAAGACGGCUGCUGUUGGAGAAGUCAAUGACAUGUUUAAAACAUUUGAUGUGGACAAAAACGGAUUUAUCGAUUGGCAGGAACUGAAGGCGGGAAUGCAGACACUUGUUGGGCAUGACCUGGAGGAUUCCGACAUUGACGAAAUGAUGGAUGAGGCGGAUUUGGACGGAGAUGGGCGAAUCAAUUACGCAGAAUUUGAACGUAUGAUGCAGAAAAAUUUUGAUCCGGAGAACGAAGAGGUCUGAAGGAAAUAUGAUCCGUUUGGAAGUGCUGCAUAUACCAUUUCCAAAUCAGUUUUGCUUCAUCUUUACUAAGUCCUCUUAUGAUUGUUUAUCAACGGUUAUAUUCAAUCACAAAAACAGUGUUUGCUGUUUAUUUAUUUACCUGAUAAGUAUUAUAGAGACACACGGUCAUCACUAGGACUAUGUAUUAUCGCUGCUAGUUUUUAUUUGACAAUUGCAACUUCUGUUAUUUUCAUAUGCAAAUGUUGAUGUAUUGGCUGCCCCUUUCCCACUUAUAUAUAGCAGUGUGUAUCAACCUUUGCUUUUUUCCGUCCCAUCUCCUACGAUUAAGGGUUAUAAGGUUUUGGACACAGCUACCCCUAUUUGUUUUUUUAUUAAAUUAUGUUCGUCAAGAAGUUUCAGACAAAUUCAUUUUUAAAAACGAUGCUGAGUGCUUACUUAUAUUAGAUGGGAUAACAUUUAUUAAAAGUCGGUUUUACAAAUAAAACAGUAGUUCUUUUAUAAGAACUAUUUUCCGAAUA